GCUUGGUCAGCGGUGCAGUUGCUUUUCUAGCUUUGUAACCAGGGCAUAAAAAUAAUAAAGUUAGUUCUAAUUGAGACACGAUAGAGGAUAGUUAACUUUAGGUUUUCAUUAAUCAUUUUUUAAAAAGCCCUUCAGGCUAGAAAGAAUUGUAACUGGCGCAGUCGUAAGUAGGAUUCAAGUAAAUCCUUAGUCCGCGAGUGCAAGUGUCCGUGAUAAAACUUAAUCGAAGGAAUAUCGACAAAGUGGAAUCACACCUCGAGGUGAUAUCGAGGAUUCGAGGCUCUUCCCGAAGGACGGGGUAUACUUGAGAAUUCUGUUCAAUAAAAUAAAAACAAAACCGAUUAGUACCAAUGGAUUUUCGACUGGCCAUGGCAGUGUGGGUUCUCGCUUUCCUUAAUCCAUCCCAUUCCAGCUCCUCCAUUCAAAUAACCGACCUCCAACAUAAUCCCGGAUUAUUGGCACUAGAUAUGGGUAAGUCUUUCGUGAGGAUUGGGAAACAUCGCUUAUAUCACGUUGUUGACCUUAAGCAGUGCGAACCAAUUUUCGCCAGACUAGACGUCGCCAUACACGGACUGAAAAGCUUUGGAAACCUCUCAGACUUGACAGCAAUGUUGGAAUCAAAGUUUAGCAAUACUCGCAAGAUGUUUCAAAAUUUAAUGCCAAGGCAAAGAAACAAGAGAGGGUUGCUCAACUUUGUAGGAUCAGCCAUAAAGCAGAUAACCGGAAAUCUCGAUAAUGACGAUCUAAUAGAAAUAUCAAAAACUCUCAAAGCUCUAGAAAUCGAUGACAAAAUUUUAAUUAACGAAAAUAACGAGCAAGCUAGGAUUAACACCCAACUUCAGGACAGGUUAAACAAGUUUAUAGAACAGUUUGAAUUAGAUCACAACCUUAUCAGGAAAAAUCUUAUAGCACCUAAGUCAAAUUCAGGAAUCGACAAAACAAUCAAACUACUGAGAGAAAUAUUGAAAAUUAAUAUCCAGCUAGAUAAUUUAGAAUCUCACUUGAAGCUUAUUUUCGAAUCAAUCCAACUAGCUAAACUAAAUACCAUACCAAGAGACAUCCUUUCCCCCGACGAGUUGAGCAUAAUAUUAGAUCAUUUUACCAACCAUAAAAUUAUCAUAGAUAGCAUUGAUCAGGUUUAUCAAUUCCUUAAUCUCAGCGCAUUUUAUAAUCACACAAAAAUUGUUUUCAUAGUAGAAAUUCCCUUACUAGAUGAACUUGCUUAUAGAACGCUGCUAUUAGAGCCAUUAAUAGUCAAAAAUAAAACACUUAAGCUACCCGCUCACACAGCAAUCACCAAUGACCAACAAUUCUACUUCAUCAUCGAGGAGUGCCAACGAGUCGGCCAUAAUCAAAUCUGCCACCCAGAAAAUUUGAACAAUUUCACCUUAGAUGGUUGCUUUCCAUACUUGCUAAAAGGAAUCCCUGCGAACUGCUCAUUCAAGGAAGUAAGUCUACCCUCAGAAAUCAAGUCUAUAACCGAUAAUCACCUGAUUGCAAAACAAAUAAACAGUCAAGAGAUAGCAACCACUUGCGGGAUGCGGAAUCGAACCCUCUCGGGAACAUUCCUAAUCGAAUACCACAAUUGUACCAUAAUUAUAAAUGGGUUGGAAUUUACCAACAAAGAAUGGAAAUUUAGCAACCACUGGAACCAUCACAACAAGAAGCCCUCAUCCGGUCACAGAGUUGAAUUCACUGCAAACGAGGACGUUUCGAUCUUCAAGGAGGGGCAAGUUACAGACGAAACCUCCCAGAUCAGCAGAUUGCAAGAACUGGAACGCGAAGUCCACCGACUCGAGGAACCACUCGCCACAUUAUUUCAUUCGAACAACAACAAGCACGGUAACACGUUCAACGCGAAACCGAACGGAUCAGGGAAAUUUAAAACCCCUAGAGGUCCACCGGUGGACGACGACGUUUCAAUGAAAACCGCAAAGUCCCGUACGGAGGUGAACAACCACGAAACCAAACCAGAACAAGAAAGCGAAUUCAGCAAAAACCACGAGGAUGAGUACGACACCUCUAAUCAGCUGGAGGAAUCAGCUCUGAACUCGGAAGACGAUGAUUACUUCGUCGACGAGGAGUUAAAUUUUCACGUGGUAGAAGAGCCACAUCGAAAAAUAUAA